GAGGCACUAUCAACAUAUAUGGAGCUCCCUACAGUUGAUAUAGGGAGAAAGGAAUGCCAGCUUAGAUGCUUACACGCUAGCUGCAAAACAAAAUGAUAAUACGACAUACUUCAAGGCAGAGAUGACUCCUAGAUAAGAAAUUCCACGUAGGUUCACAUGUAUACCGUGUCACAAAGUAGGCUGCCCUGUUAUGGGUGAUGGCAUCAGUCCUACCUGGACCCUCUUAUCUGUUUCCUCAAUACUGGAUUUGAAGCCAGGAAUAGGGUGAUAGCUUGUAGGUCACCUGGUGCUUGGAUAAAAAGGCCAACACAUGGUAGUAGUUUGUCUUACAGUGAAAGACUAGUUAAGAUAACAUUUAUGAAAUACGCAAGGCUUAAGAGUUUGGUAAAAUGUUAAGUAACAGCAUGUAGGUCUUAGGAAGGAGCUCUUUUAUUAAGAGCUGAAGAAGUACAAUAAGAGGGAGAAACUGUUCUUGGACACUUGAACUGUGAUCUAAUACAGUAGUACCCAUUCCCUCUGCCCCUGACCUCCCCUCAAAAGGGUAUUAUUGACUUAGGAUCUGAGUGCAAUUUGAGAAUCCCAAGAAGAAACUGAGAAGGCAGCAGCAUGUGAUCUGAAUUGAAAAUGAGCCUGCUUACACUUGUACCCUAGGUUUUUUUCAUGGAAAUAAAAAGAAGACUAAACAGUGCUUCUAACUCCAAAAGCUCAAGAAUGAUGUUUUAAUCUUCUGCAGAAAUGAAGGAAGGUACUGAAAUGCCUGUUGACAUUAGGAGUUCCUUGAAAUAAGUAGUUGAAAUCAUGGGUACCACCACCAUCUAGAGGAGGAGGAGAUUUGACCUUGAGAGCUUGCGCAGAAAAAAAAAUCGGUGUCUUUGUGCUUUGCUCACUAUGAAGAUCUCGGUGCAGGCAGUAGCAUUGUGGGGGAAAAGAGCACCCUCUCACAGCAUCACUGCCAUAAUGGUUACAGAGGACCAGCAAACUAUUGUUACAGGAAGUCAAGAAGGACAAAUAUGUCUUUGGAAUCUAUCCUCAGAAUUAAAGAUUUCAUCAAGAGAAAUUCUCUUUGGCCACACUGCUUCAGUAACAUGUUUGGCAAAAGCAAGAGACUUUGAGAAACAGCCAUAUGUGGUCAGUGCUACCGAAAAUGGGGAGAUGUGUGUUUGGAAUGUCACUAGUGGCCAGUGCAUUGAGAACGCAAAGCUUCCUUAUAGGCAUACAGCAAUCUAUUAUUACCAUUGUUCAUUCCGAAUGACAGGAGAUGGCUGGCUUCUUUGUUGUGGAGAAUAUCAGGAUGUCCUUAUCAUCGAUGCUAAGACUUUGGCUGUUCUUCACACUUUAAUAUCUACUCAGUCUUCUGAUUGGAUCAAUUGUAUGUGCAUUGUUCACUCCACCAGGAUUCAAGAAGAUUCACUAGUAGCAGUAUCUAUAACUGGAGAUCUUAAAGUGUGGGACCUGUCCUCAUCAGUGAGUAGUAUACAGGAGAGGCAAAGUGUGUAUGAAAACGAAUCCAAAUCCUUGGACUGCACAAACUGCCGAGCCGUACGAUUUUGCACAUACACAGAAAGACUCCUAUUAGUUGUGUUCUCAUACUGUUGGAAGGUAUAUGAUUAUUGUGACUUUUCCCUACUCUGUACUGAAUUUAGCCAGCGUGGCCAGUGCUUUGCUGGUGGUGAAGUACUAGCUGCUUACCGACUUAUCAUCUGGACAGAAGAUGGUCACAGUUACAUCUACCAGCUGCUGAACAGGUGGGCUCAGAUGGGAAAUUCACACAAGAAGUACAGUGGACUUUCAAAAAGCAUAUAUCCUACUGAUGGAAAAGUGCUCAAAGAAACUGUUUAUCCUCAUUUACUCUGCUCCACUGAUGUGAAAGAAUAUAAGAGUUUUCCUUUCAUUAUGGGCUUCAUGAAUGAAAGAAAGGAACCUUUUUAUAAGAUUCUUUUUGCUGGUGAAGCAUCUGGAAGAAUCACUAUAUGGCACAUCCCUGAUGUUCCAGUGUCAACACUUGAUGGUUCUCCAAAAGAGAUUCCAGUAGCAGCAGCAUGGACUCUCCAGGACAGUUUUGACAAACACCAAUCUAUGUCAGAAGGCAUUAUUGAUCAUCUUUGUGCAUCUAAAGAUGGAACUGGGAGUGCUGCAGUCAUUUCAUCUGUAUACAUACCCAACCUUGAUAAGUUGGUGUGUGGAUGUGAAGAUGGGAAAAUUUUCAUAACACUUGCUUUACAUGCCGCCAAAGCAAGACUUUUGGAAAACAUUUCUUUGUUGAAACAUACUUUGCCUCACAAAAUUCUUAAAGGCCACAGCUGCAGUGUCACUUGUUUACUUUAUCCAUACAGUAAAUCAGUCAGAUUUGAUCCAAGCUGGCUGGUGUCAGGAGGCCAGGACUCUUGUGUAAUUUGGUGGGACAUAUUUACUGAAGAAAUUUUGCACCAAUUUACUCUGCAAGCUGGUCCAGUAAUGAACCUGUUGUUAUCGCCAGAAUGUUAUCAGUUGAAAGAUCACAGGAUUGUGUGCUCUGUGUGCAGUGAUCAUUCAGUAGCACUUCUGCACCUUCAGGAGAGAAUAUGUCUCUUACAUGCUAGGAAACAUCUGUUUCCUGUGAAGAUGAUAAAAUUUCACCCUGUUGAAAAUCUGCUAGUUGUUGGAUGUGAAGAUGAUUCAGUUUAUAUUUGGGAAAUUGAAACAGGUACUCUAGAACGGCAUGAAACAGGUGAAAUGGCAAAAGCAAUUCUUACUUCCUUUGAAGAUUCACACUGUUUAGUGAUGGACUCUAUACUUCCAGUAUCUCAAGACUCACAAAGGCAUAAAAAUGCUGCAUACAAAUCUUCUAGCUCUUAUAAGCUUGGUGCACUGUCAUGCAAUCUUCCUCAUGCAGAGAAGUCUUCAGAUAAGGUAACUGGGACCAUCCAUGUCCAAUGGCCCUUUACUAUCCUACCAGUAAAGACGAAAUGGAACAACAUAAGCUUUCAUGUUCUUUUAUUUGAUCUGGAAAAACUUGUAGAACUUUUACUGUCAUCUCAGCUCAAUGGAUUGAAGUCAUCAAAUUCAUUCCACAGCUAUGACACUCUAAAAAGAGCCAAAAGCACAGCAGAGAAAAGGACACUAACGUUAAAAAGGAAUAAAACUUCUGGCUGUCUUUCUCCAAUGGAUGGGCAAGUAAAUACUAUCUUUACAAACCAGGUCCAUAGGGAUAAUAAUGCUGCUAGGUCUCUGGAAGAAAGUGGUGGCAUCAAAAGGCAGAAAAAACUGAAGAGUUCAAAAAAGAUUAGAAUGCAGCCAUCAGGAAAAAUCGAUGCAAACAUCACCACAGACACUGCUAAACUGCUCUUGUCGUGUCUCUUACCGUGGGGUGUGGAUAAAGAACUAGACAAUCUCUGUGUUAGAUAUUUAGAUAUCUUAAGACUACAGUGUCCAGUUUCUUUUGGACUUGUGUCAAAUGAAAAUCACAUAUCACUAAUGCUGCCAGGAUGGAAUUCUGCUCAUUGUGGUGUGCUGGAAGAACACACACUGAUCAACUUGGUUUCCAGAAAAGUGCUAGAUUUGUCAAACAGAUACAUCACUGCAGCUCAAGGACAAAUUGAAAAGAAAAAUGGACUAGAAAAUGAUGUUGAGGGCACACAGAUAUCACAAACUAUUUUCUCCUUACUGAGGAAGGUAGCUUUAGUCAACAAGAUAGUUGACAUGCCCUUUGAACUAACCAAUGGAAUUGACAGUUCACAGAAAUUAGAAUUUAUACGUAACAGGUGGAGAAAUACAGAAAUAUUCAGCCCUUCAUUUCACAAUUUCUAUGGAGAGUCACCAAACUAUAAAAGUGGAUCUCGUUUUCCUGAUCCUGGGAAUAUUUCACUGGUGAAACUCAUUUCUUGCUGGAGAGAGCAAUCUGUAAAGAUUAUUGAGACGAUACAAGCUGUGCUACUGGCAGAAGUACAAAGGAGUAUGAAAACCUUGAAAAAGACAUCAAUCAUCAGUCAACCAGUGGCAAUGGUAGAGAAUGGAAAUGGUGAGAUGCGCACACUGCCAAAGAUUGAACAGACAGAGCAGACAGAGUUACAAUACAUUAAAAACAUUCCUUUGGCGACUCCAGUCAGUGUGGUCAAGCAUGACAGCUGCUCAAACUCGGCAAACUUCCAAGAAGCUGAGGAUAUGCCUGACAGAUGUGUCUUGGAAGAGUCUGAGAGUCCAGAUGAGAUGAAAUCACAUCCUUGGAUGUCCAAGGUAUGUUCCUGCAAAGUGUGUUAGACAAGCCUGCUUAUUAAAUGGAACCACAAGAUGAGCAAGUACAGUACAGGAAGUGAAGACAGAGGACAUUGUUAUGGAUGGCAGCUGUUAUUUUCUGUGUUUUGAUACAAGUAAUACUCCAUGUAGGAUUUAUUACCAUAUGUCUUUCACAAUUAAUUUUCAAAAAAUACCUGUCAUCUGCUUCUCCUUUCUCAGUUAUUGGUUCCAAUAUGCAUUGCCAGCCCUCUCACAAAUUUGAAUUGAUUGAAUUUAAUCCAGUUAUUUCUAACAUAUAUGACCUUAAAUGAUUCCUUAUUUUGAGACAUUUUUGUACUAACAGAAACAAUGACUCCAAAUCUCAAUCCAUUGAUUUAUCAGAACAGUUCUGAAACUGAAUUAUACAAUGAUGUGAUCUGGUAACUAUUACAUUUUGCAUGCAAUUAAUUUAAUUUUUCACAUUUAAAUUCUCUUUACUUUAUAAUUCAAAUACUUUUAUUAUUGAUAAUAUUUUUGCACAGGAAAAGACCAAACAUAUUUAACAGAACUUAAGUAUCAGUGCUUCUCUGAAUUAAAAAAAAAUGUGAGCUAUUAAACACUAAAAUGAA